CUUAACCUGUUGACCGUAUGACUGCAGGCUAAGAUUCUUUGAUGAAAUAAAUAUUGAAACCAUCCGUUUUUUUUCCCCUUCUUCUUCCUGUUGAUACUUUCCUACCGAAUUUGUUAAAUGGCUCCGAAUGAUUUCCGAUAGUUUUGUUUGAACGACGCUUAACGGUAGACGUUACAGGUUUAUAGAAACCCAGACGACCGUUAAGGAGUCGCGGCACGAGGACGGACUCCGAAGAGGAUGCGGCGUCUCUUCUGUGCGUCACCGACGAGUGAGUUUAUAAGCCUAUAGGUGUAGAAGAGUAAUAUGAGGUAAUACAAUGUGUUAGAGGAUGUUAAGCAUCUUACAGGAUGUUUAGAAAGUGUUCUGGCAGUCUUUAUAAUUACAGAAGCAGUUCUUGGCUACGACACUUAGUGUCCAGGUCACAUCCACCGAAUCAAGGGUAAGACUAGGGCUGAGAUAUCAAUGCAGGAAUUUCCAAAGCAACAGAAGGAGGCGUUUUCUCAGGACGUCGGCAGCAGUAGCCCGCUCGUUAUCACGAUUAUGGAGAAUCUGGAGGAGGAUUUGACAUGCUCCGUAUGUUAUUCCCUCUUUAACGAUCCACGAGUACUACCCUGCUCCCACACCUUCUGCAAAACAUGUCUGGACAACGUGCUCCAACUCUCCACUAAUUUCUCUAUCUGGCGGCCACUCCGCUUGCCACUCAAGUGUCCCAAUUGCCGUAGCAUGGUGGAACUCCCACCUAACGGCGUAGAAGCUCUGCCAAUUAACGUCUGUCUGCGUGCCAUCAUAGAGAAGUACCAGCGUGAUAAUGAGCCCAGAGUUCCAUCUUGCCCUGAGCACCAUCGCCAGCCUCUGAACGUCUACUGCGUUCAGGACUGCAAGCUCAUAUGCGGCUUGUGCCUCACUAUCGGGCAGCAUCAAGGCCACACCAUUGAUGAUCUGCAGACCGCGUACGUUAAAGAGCGCAACACUCCAGCCAAACUAGUCGAGCGGCUCACGGACAGGCACUGGGAAGAAGUCUGUGGCCUGGUGGACAAGUUAGAACAGGAAAAAUCUCGACAGGAAAGACUGAUAAAGCAAGACCGCGAAGCCGUCAUACAGUAUUUCCAAGGCUUGGAGCGGCUUCUUGAGCAAAAGAAAGAGGCAUUCAUGAAGGUUCUGGACAAUGCCAACAAACAGCUGGCCUGUGCUUAUAAGCCACUCAUCGAGAAGCUUAAGUAUAUGAAAGAGGAGCAGCUAGAGAUCAUCUCCAUCAUCUCAAGCAUCAGCGAAGACGAAUCAGCCCUCGUUUUCCUGGAGAUGGUGCGCCACUUGAGGGAGAGGGUCGACGUCUUGACUCAGACGGAGCUGCCCGAUGCUCCCGAACUCCACAUUUCACCCUGUUUAGAGGAGUUCCUUGAGGAACACUGGGCUAAAGUGACAAUCGGAGGGCUGGAAGAUGGUCCAGUUCCAGAAAUCUCCUGUGAUGUGAAGAGACCACUGGAGCCAAAGUCAGCAUCAUCUCAGAAGUGUACAUUCAAGUCUUUGAUUAUUGUGGCUUUUCUAAUAGCGCUGCUGUUCUUUCUGUUUUUCUGGUCAAAUGUACUGUAUGGAGCAUCGUUUGAGUUCUCCAGCCUCCCACAGAUUAGUCAAAUAGUCUCAAGACUGGCUGGUGAACUUUCUUAUCCAGUUCAUGGCUCAGGGAACUUUCUGUACUGCCUGCUUCACGAUCUUGGCCUUAAUAUCAAUUAUUACAUUUCAGCUGUAAGAGAGAGCACCAUUCAACACGUGGCCUUCCUCUUUAAAACAUUACGGUUAUGCUAAGUUACCGUGCAACCAGAAGCCGUAAGCUGUGCCGUUUAACUCGGACAUUUGCGUGCACGUCACGCACGACUAGUAAGCGUAACAGAGCACGGCUUGCUGCAAACCACGUCGUAGCAGUUAACGUUCUUCUUUUAGUGAAGGAUCUAAUUCUCCUGAAAUUAUAUCAGGCAGUUUUCAGGAUUUCAUGUUUCUGCUUAGAACAACUUAUCUACGAUAAAUAAUAGUCUAACACAA